CUAGGGGUGUUUGAGCGAUGGAAAUAAGUGCUCACCGAGUCUUUAUCGAUAGAUAAUCUAUGCAAUGACGGCCAAUUCGUUCAGCCGACAUCGCGUGAUAGAGGUUCAAGUUCUACCCUAUCAGUGCGAAAUUAACUGCUAAAAUCUAACCCGCAAUUUGGCGUGUGCGUUGGAUCUCUGCGCCUCACGUCAAGAAAUCAGCGCUAGUGCACAAAACGGCCAAUAAGCGGCAGUUCGAGCAGUGAAUCAUGAUCAUGGCAGCUUCCAGUGAUUCAGUUUUCCGAACCGGUCUUCACAACUUGCUUGGAAUUACGGAGAUACAGUUGUUAGAAUGGAUGACAUUUAUUGAAAUAAUCAUUUCUGUCAUAUUAAUCCCUACAUUGAAGGCAAUAGCUCCGCCAUAUGGAAGGCAUGGCGGCAGCAAAUGGGGUCCGACGUUGCCAGCGAAACUGGGAUGGUUUGUACAGGAACUUCCCAGCUUUGCUUUUCCUGUUUGGUACCUGUAUUACGUAAACGCGAUGCCGAGGGUCAAUGUGGUGCUGCUCAUGAUGCUUGCGAUACACUAUUUCCAAAGAACUUUUUUCUAUCCGGCAUUGAUGAAGAGAGGUUCAUCACCACUACCUGUGUUUUCCUUCACGUUGGCGAUCACAUUUUGUACCUACAAUGGCUACCUACAGAGCUGUUUCAUUGCUAAAUUUGCUAAAUAUGAUAACGGUGUACUAUUUCAUCCAAGGUUUACCCUUGGAAUCCUGAUGUUCUUUGUUGGCAUGCUCAUUAACAUCCACUCCGAUCACAUACUGAGGAACCUGAGAAAGCCAGGAGAACUGAUUUAUAGAAUACCAAAUGGCGGAAUGUUUGAGUACGUGUCCUGUGCAAACUUCUUUGGAGAGGUGGUCGAGUGGAGCGGCUACGCGCUUAUCUGUUGGUCACUGCCUGCGCUCGCCUUCCUGCUGUUUGUCCUCGUUAACCUGGGCGCACGCAGCUGGCAUCACCACAGAAGCUACAUAGCAAAGUUUGAGGACUAUCCGAAGAACCGAAAAGCUUUAAUACCAUUCAUUUUCUGAUGAAUGUUAGACGAGUAUUUUGUAUUUACUCAGAGCUCAUCAACAUCAAGAGCAUAGUAGUAUUUUUAGGAGUUUCCAUAGCAACCAUAAUUUUGUUCAUGUAACCAAAUAAACCUGUUCGUCAAACCGUCUAUAAAUAACGAAAAUAAUCAAACUUUCCCUUAAUUUUUGAGCAAUGCAAAAUUACUAUGUGGUAGGUCAUUAUUUGCCGAGUGUAGCGGAGAAUUUCCCGAGUAUUUGUGCACUUCUAGCCAGACUCAAGGACAUGGCAGGGAAAAGCGAAUGAUUCCAUUAUUGGAUCUAAACUGGGUUAAUUGUUACUCAACUGUGAAGAUUGGAAACGUACAGCUCACGUUUCGUCGGAGGCGAGGGAGGCGAAGGAAGCUUACGUUUCGCAGGAGGCGAAGGAGGCUUACGUUUCGCAGGAGGCUGUACGUUACCAAUCUUCACGGUUGAGUAACAAUUAACCCAAUUAGAUCUAUUAGUCUACCAACCGAAUGAACUUAUUUAAUGAUUCCAUUAUUGCAAUUAUUGCUGAAUAUUAGUGAGGCCCUAGCUACGUGCAUAAAGUUAGAAAAUAAGCUGAAAUUACAACCUGA